AUGAAUCAGAACUCAACCGGACCUUCAGGAUCAGUUGAGACUUUGGCCGACGUCCCCGAGCACGUCCUCAAAGGGCUUCCGGAGGAAGUGAGGCUCCUCCCGUCCACUGUGGACAAGACCCGGCUUGGUGUCUGGGCCGCAAAGCCCAUUUUCAGAGGCAGGAAGUUUGGCCCCUUCGUUGGUGACAAGAAGAAAAGGUCCCAAGUGAAAAGCAAUGUGUACAUGUGGGAGGUCUAUUACCCAAAUUUGGGGUGGAUGUGUGUGGACGCCACAGACCCUGCGAAGGGAAACUGGUUGCGUUAUGUGAACUGGGCUCGCUCAGGAAAGGAGCAGAACCUUUUCCCGCUAGAAAUCAAUCGGACUAUUUACUACAAAACGUUAAAGCCAAUUGAGCCCGGGGAUGAGCUCCUGGUCUGGUACAAUGGGGAGGAGAACCCGGAGAUAGCAGCUGCCCUGGAGGAAGAGAGGGCCAGCCACCGCAGCAAGAGGCACUCCCCCAAGGCCAAGAAAGCGAAGAAAAAAACCCGGGAGGCCCAGAACAAAGGAAAGAAGGCCAGGGACAGGAAGCGGAAGCCUCCUUUGGAAGGUCUCGACAUGAGGGAGACUAAGGAAGGCCAGAAGCCAGAGGACGAAGCCCCAACGGUUUCGGCGGUGUUGCCCCUUGACCAGGCCGCCGUCAUCCAGGAGAUGGUGAAUCAAGACGCGCUUCCCAGCCUGCUCAUCUCCAGCGUGGCCUGUGUGCCGCCCGCCAGGCCUGAGGACAAGCCGGAGGUCCUCCUGGGUGGAGCAGAAGGUUCAGAGGAGGAUCCUGAGCAGCAGCAGCAGCAGGAGGAGGAGGAGCCCGUGGAAGAAGCGGAAGAGGACGAGGAAGAGCCUCAGGAGGGGGAGGAAGAGGAGGAGGAGGAGGAGGAAGAGGAAGAGGAGGAGAGCUUAGCGAAAGAAAACCCAGAGGUGGAAUCCAGGUGGGGCUGUGGGGACAGGCUGGAGUCUGUGGAGGAGCAGAGCAGCCUCUCCGAGGACUCGGCCGGAAGCUCCCCCAAGAAAAAGCACCUGGGGAAGGCUCCCAAGGCCAGGGGGGAGCCCAGCACCCAGGGGGCGCCCAUGUUCCCCUGCCAGCACUGCGAAAGGAAGUUCACCACCAAGCAGGGCCUGGAGCGCCAUGUGCACAUCCACAUCUCGGCCAUCAGCCACGCCUUCAAGUGCCGCUACUGCGGCAAGGCCUUCGGCACGCAGAUCAACCGCCGGCGCCACGAGCGGCGCCACGAGGCCGGGCCCAGACGGAAGCUGCUCUCGCCCUUGGCCUCCACCCAGCUGCCCGGGGCCAGCACCGCGGCUGCCGAGGGGUGUGUGCAGAGCGAAGCCAGGGCCAGGCAGGAGGUCCCCGUCCCGGAGGCCGAGAGAGACACUUCCAAAACGCCGCCCCCUCCGCUGCCUUUGGAGGAGAGCAAGGAGCCCAAGGAAUUGCACCCGUGCCAGUACUGCAGGAAGGUCUUCGGCACCCACACCAACAUGCGCAGGCACCAGCGGAGGGUCCACGAGCGGCACCUCAUCCCCAAAGGGGUCAGGAGAAAACCGGAGGAGCUCCAGGCUCCCGUGGGCCCGGCCCAACAGGCCCCCAUCACAUACCUGGCCAGCACAGACCUGGAGGAGGAGGAGGGGGAGGGGGAGGGGGAGGCCGACGACCUCAUGGACGUCUCCAGCAACAUCUCGGAGAAUCUCAACUACUACAUCGACGGCAAGAUCCCGUCCAACAGCAGCACCAGCAACUGUGAGGUGAUCGAGGUGGAGCCUGGCGCCGCCGAAGUCUAUGGCAUCAACUGCCUGCUGAGUCCCGUCACGGUGGAGAUCUCCCCCAAUGUCAAGGCGGUGCCGGUGCACCUAGUGGAGGAGUCAAAGGAGCCCCCUGUUGGCGGGACCCCCGAGGCCAAAAAGAGGAGGACGGCGAGCCCCCCGCUGCUGGCCAAGGUAAAGACCGAAAUGGAUCCGGAGCCCAUCACCUCGCUGUGUUCCUUGACGAUUCCCCUCGCCAUAUCGACCGUGGAGAGCCUGCCCUUCCCCAGAGAGAAAAGCGUGUAUUUAUCCUCCAAGCUGAAGCAGCUUCUUCAGACACAGGACAACAAUAAGGUGGUCCCCUCCCCACCAUUGCCGGUGGGGGAGAUCCCAAAGCUGGGGCUCCCCGUGGCCUCCUCCCCUCUCCUCCCGGCCACCUCGAGCAGGUUCAAGCGGCGCACCAGUUCCCCGCAGCACAGUCCGGGCCUUCGAGACCCUGGCAAAGCCGGCGAAGCCAAGCCCGCUUGGAAUGAGACGGCCCUGAGUGCGAAGGCUCCCAAGCUGGAGAGACGGAGCAACUCCCCCGCGUGGAGCCUGCCUGGGAGAGAAGAAAGGGAACCGCUGAGUCCAGAAGAGUACAAGGCCUCCAGGGAGUGGGCGCCGAGCCCCCCCUUUGGGAAUGUGUGCAACCAGCAGCCCUUGGACCUGUCCAGCAGCGUGAAGCAGCGGUCGAACGGGAAGAGCCGGGCCCAGGCGCCCUGGGAAUCCGUGCUGGACCUCAGCGUGCACAAGAAGCCGUGCAGCGAUGGCGAAGGCAAGGAGGCGACUCUGCCAGCAGGGGGCGCCGUUAAGAAGAAGCCCACCACCUCCAUGUUGCAGAAGGUCCUGCUCAAUGAAUACAAUGGGAUGGAUUUGGGGCCCGAAAACCCCUCCCCAGACAUGAGCCCCAGGCCGAAUGCCUGCAAGCCAGCCGAAGCCCCACAGCCGCAGCUUGGCCCGGCUCCCCCGGCCCCUGGGGCAGAGUUGGGCUGCUCUGGCCUCACCGUCACCGAGGUGCCUUUGCCGCCACCCUCGUCCUGCCCAGAGCCAUCGGCCUCUCCCUCCCAUCACCCGUGCCCUCCCAUGCUCCAGGCCCCCACGCCUCCCCCUACUCUCCUUCCCACUGUUCCUUUGCCCCUCCUGGAAGACCCCGGCAGCACCCCACCAAGCUCCUGCCCCUCUCCCCUGUCCAACGCCACAGCUCAGUCCCCGCUGCCCAUCCUUUCCCCAACCGUCUCGGCCUCCCCCCUUCAUUCUGUGGAGCCCCUUGGCUGCGCUUCCCCUGGGCCACCCACUCUCUCUUCGUCCUCGUCUUCCUCCUCCUCCCCCUCCUCCUCCUCUUCCUCCUCCUCCUCCUCCUCUUUCUCUUCCGCAUCACCGUCCUCCUCUCCUUCCCCGCCUCCCCUCUCAGUGGUCUCCUCCAUCCUGUCUCCUGGCGACCAGCUGGAGAAUCCAGGCCCCCUGGUGACUUUCAAGCAAGAAGAGGGGGAGGCCGGGGGUCAGAGGCUGAGGGAGGACCCCCACCCCUGCAGCGCAGCAGAGGCUGCCCAGGAAACCUUCAGCAAGAGCUUUGUGUGCAACGUCUGCCAGGCCCCCUUCCUCGCUAUCAAGGACCUCGCCCGGCAUCUGUCCGUCCACGCUGGGGACUGGCCCUUCAAGUGCGAAUUCUGCGUCCAGCUCUUCAGGGAGAAGGCAGCCUUGUCAGAGCACCGCUUCCUGCUCCACGGGGUGGGGAACAUCUUCGCCUGCUCCGUCUGCAAGAAGGAAUUUGCUUUCCUAUGCAACCUCCAGCAGCACCAGCGAGACCUGCACCCCAACAAAGAAUGCAGCCACCACCAGUUCGAGAGCGGGACUCUGCGCCCGGAGAAUUUCACCGAUCCCAGCAAAGCCAGCGCAGAGGAGAUGCAGAGCCUGCCCGGCACUGCCUUGCAGCCCUCCAAGGAGGAGGAGGAGGAGGAGGAGGAGGAGCUGAACGACUCUUCCGAAGAGCUCUACACCACCAUCAAAAUCAUGGCGGCCGGGGUCAAGCCGAAGGACCCCGACGUCCGCAUGGGCCUCAACCAGCACUACCCCAGUUUCAAGCCCCCCCCAUUCCAGUACCACCACCGGAACCCCAAUGGCAUCGGAGCCACGGCCACGAACUUCACCACCCACAACAUCCCCCAGACCUUCUCCACCGCCAUCCGCUGCACCAAGUGCGGGAAGAGCGUGGACAACAUGCCCGAACUGCACAAGCACAUCUUGGCUUGCGCAUCUGCCAACGACAAAAAGCGGUACACCCCGAAAAAGAACCCCGUGCCCCUGAAGCAGGCCGUGCGCCCUAAAAACGGGGUGGUCUUGCCCAGUCCAGCCGGCAGCGCCUUCCGGCGCGUGGGCCAGCCCAAGAAGCUCGAUUUCGGCCUGGAGGCCAGCCGGGCGGCCUCCAACAAGCUGAAGCUCAGCGCCCUGAAGAAGAAGCAGCAGCUGGUCCAGAGGGCCAUUCUGCAGAAGAAGAAGUCGCAGCAGCAGCAGCAGCAGCGGGCGGAGCUCAAGACCGGCGGCCCGGAGCCCAGCACCCACAUCUGCCCGUUCUGUGGCCGGGGGUUCACCUACAUCGGGAGCCUGAACAAGCACGCCUCCUACAGCUGCCCCCGGAAGCGCCACUCCUCCUCCUCCUCCUCCUCCUCCUCCUCCUCCUCCUCCAAGAAGGAGAAGAAGAAGAAGGCCAAGACGAAAGCGGGGGGCUCGUCUCCUGGCAGCAGCAAGAGUGGCACCAACCCCCGUCGCCGAACAGCCGACGCCGAGAUCAAGAUGCAGGGCACUGCUGCUCAGCUGGGCAAGACUCGCACCCGCAGCUCGGGGCCCACAGCCGCCCAGAUGCCCUCCGCCUCCUUCAAGCUGAAGCAGGGCGCCAAGUUCCCCAAAAGGGGCCACCCUCCUUCGGCCGCAGCCAGGAGCGUGGGCCCGGUGAGAGUGGGCAAGGGGGCUCCGCCGGAGGGGAAGCGGAGCAAGGGGGCCGCCAGGAGCGCGGGGGGGCCUGGACUGCUGGGCAAAGCCUCACGCAAGCUGCACAUCCGCAUCCAGCGCGGCAAGGCAGCCCUGACCAGCCAGAGGAAGACCGCUGACCGGUUCAGUGCCAAGUCAAGGGAGAGGGUGGGGGGCCCUGUCACCCGGAGCCUGCAGCAGCAGCAGGCCACGUCUGCGGAGGCCACGGAGAGCAAGAGGGAGGAGAGCGCUGCCCGGCCGGAGCUGAAGGACACCAGCCUCUCCGCCGCCUCUUCCCCGCCGGGUUUGGUGCCAGUCGCUGCUUUUCACCCCCUGGGGGAGCAGGAGGGACGUCGGUGGGUCAAAGGUUUCCCUGUCCCAAAUUCCCCUGGGCUGGACGAGACGUGGGCAGCUGGUUCGGCCUCGGAGGCAGGAGAGCUGAACCUGGAAGCCUCGCAGUGA